AAGGGAUGCGGAUCCUAGCUAGCUUUCCCUCACUGUCACAUGAAAAUAUUUGAAUAAUGCUCGCUUUUGACUUUAAACUUGUAGCAAUUCCACUGCUGCAACUGCUGUUCCUGCUGCUGCCGACGCUGUUCCUUGUGAGCUCAGCGACUGCCAGGGAAGUGUACAUGUACGUGGAUAUGUCGGGUAAGCCAUGGGAAUUCGAGUUCAAAGGCUUCUAUGACAACACCUUGCGGAGACGUGUAACGCAAGUUGUCUACAAUGGUCUCUGGACGGAUCCCAUGGUAAGGGGCAGGGAUCCGGACUCGGCAGAUCCUGCCGCUUGCCCAAGUCCCUGGAAUCCGCUCAUCGCUCUGGCUGUUGCUGCUCCUGCUGCAUCCUUUGUUCUAGUCUAGUGGAAGAGGGAGAACAGAUCUCAUACCGCUGCUGGCACACCCCUUUUUGGCACGAAUCGAAAUGCUUAAAUCCAUUGCGUGUGCGACACUUCAGCACGCACACACUCGCAACACUCGUGCAACACUCCAAAAAAUGGCAAAAUAAUGAGCAUUCAAUUGAAUGGCAGUCCGGGACAAUGGUCUUCCAGGUAGUGGCUCUCUCUCUCCCUCUCUAUACGUGGGAUAAUGAAUCUGGAUUCAAUGGAUAAAGAGUAAGGGGAGCGGGAGCGGGAGCGGGAAGAGGGGAGUGGCUCGCCUCUCUCAUAAUUCAACACAUUCAAUAAAUUCCAAAUGCAAACCAAACAAAGGAAGUGUAGA